GUCCAGGAAGCAGCAGGUGAGAAGAAAACGGCGCAUUUUCUGUGUGUAACUCCUGAUCAAACCCGAUUCGUUUUUGAGUCUUUUUAUUUCUUUUGUAGUUUUUUUUUUUCUUCCGUUUUCGUCGUUGUACGGUGCGGUUUCUUCCUCACCUCUGGACGUGGCACAGAUGGGUGCCCUCUCCCUCCUCCUCUGGGCCGGGGUCAUCGCUCUGAGCACCUCACCAACAAGGACAACAGCAGAAGACCCCGAUAAAGAUCUACCGUGUGAAUUCGAAGUUCAGCCUGUACAGUUUGGUCUCCAGAUCGGACUAAAAAAUCCCAAACGUAGGAAAUUCAACGUGACCGUAUCUGAACAAAAUGGAGAUGUUAUUGAGAGACAGUUCAGCAUAUCAACCCAGAGCAUCACGAGACUGAAGCCUUGUACUGAAUACACGGUCAGACUCCAACGAGCAGGAGGAGUGACGUGUACAGGCACAGAUAAUGUCACCACCGCCAUCAGAGCCACCACCACCAACAUGAAACCAGGAGACUUCAUGUUUGCUCCACACUCUGUUGGAAAAAUCUCCAUUAACACAAAGUGGAAGCUGACAUGUUCAGAUGUGUCUGCACUGGGAGCUGAGGCUCAACUCUGUCCAGGAGCUCCACAGACCUGCUGCGUCAGUGUCACCAAUCAAGACCUCUGCUCGAACCUCAGCGUAACAUUCAACAACCCCAGAUGUCCCUUCACAGACACCGUACCUCUCCCUGCUGAAACGUUUCUAAGUGUGGCAAACCUGAACCAAAAAGUGACCAAAUAUGCAAAUGGACAUCCACUAGAAAUCAAGUUUAUAACCCCACUGCCUAAAAAAUGUAACCUAACGACUGAUUACAACUGUGUAGAUACAAAAAAUAUUUACAAGGCGUUAUCUGCGCUGGAGCCGUUUAAAAAGUACACAUGCGUUGGGAAUAUAACUAAUGAAAAAUUUAGCACUAAAACUGACCCAAUCGAAGUGGACACCGACUGCAAUCUUCAUUCAUUGGAAAUAUCAUCAACUUCGACUGAAAAUUCCACUUCUCUCCAGUGGAAACCAAAAACCAAGAACUGCAAUGUAACACUUCUCAAGCCUAAACUAAAAUACAAGUGUACAUGUACGUAUGACUGGUGGCACAGGAAGUUUUCUGAAGAAAUGUCUUCUGAACAAAAGUGCACUGUGAAAGGACUGGAAGCAUGGACCAGAUAUGACUGUAAGAUCCAGACCUUCUAUGAUGAAGACAUUGAGCUCAAGCAACAUGAAAAAACAGUCCGGACCGAAGCUGGAACUCCAGAUAACCCUGGGAAGUUGAUAGUGUAUUUGACAGAAAAUAACUCCAUCCUCGUGAACUGCAGUGGGACAGUUAAUUUUAGGGGUCCAAUGCAAAAAUACAAAGCCGUUCUCAAAGAUGACCAAAAAAAUACUAAAGUGUUAGAAAGUCACAAGUGCCAUUUUAACUUCAGAGAUCUAAAGUUCUCCAGCACCUACGUCGUGGAGGUCAAAGCCUUUAAUGGUGAACAUGAAAGUACCUCAAGUUACAAAACAGUGAACACUGGCUUCAAUGACAAGGCUCUGAUCGGUUUCCUGGUGUUCCUCAUCCUCCUCACAUCUGUGCCUCUGUUGUUGGUUCUGUACAAGAUCUGUGUCCUGAACGUAGGAACUCACCGUGAAUCCAGCCACUGAUGCCCGUAGUUCUACUUUAAAGCUCCUGUUUUACGCAAAAGUGACUCUUGUGAACUUUAAGCCGUGUUAGAAUGUUGUUACCUCCUCGAAAACAGACCUGGAGUUGUGUUUUGCUUCAGUCACACACGUUGGAGUAACUCUUUAUUAUUCAUCUGUCUACAUCUCCAAACCUCAAAAUGCUCUGUUCCACCUUGUGAUGUCAUGAAGAGAUAGUUACAAGGGUGUAAGUUUGGUGGAGCCACACUCUGCUGAAUACUUAAACACUUUACUUUUUCCUUUUUUUUUCAAAUUUUAACCUUUACACACUGUAAAGAGAAGAAAGAGCAGUGACCUCUCGAACUCUGUCACCAAUGUCCCACAAAAAAAUACACACAACCACGGUCUGUACAGUUUCACAGUUUCAAGAUUCAAUAAAACUUUCAUUUUCCUUCAUUUGACCCGCACUAAUAAAUCCAUCUCAAUAGGUACAGGUCAAAAUUUACCCGAACCAGCCUCAGUGUCCAAAAAUUUGUAGCACCUGUACAAAAGUAUAACAUUUUAAAAUAUUUUCAUUUUUGUGUAUUUUGGCAAAAUGUAGGAAAAGUCAUCACAUUUCAGGAUAAAGGAAUGACACAUAGGGUAUUUUUACUACUGCUGAAUGUCAAAACGGGUCAAGUUUGAACUGAAUAUUAUAUAAGAACAUUUUGGGCUCUUGUGCAACAGAAAAACAUUCCAGAUAACAAAUAUAUAUAAAUAUAUAAAAUUCUUACUCUCAGAAUAAACAAGCGCAAUCAGAGAGAGCAACCUGGUCCCCCUGAGGCGUCGGUGGGGGCAGUUAAUCUUCAUUCACAUGUUUGAGUAACUCUUUAUUAUUCGUCUCCAAACCUCAAAACGCUCUGGUCCACCUUGUGAUGUCAUGAAGAGGUAGUUUCAAGGGCGUGGAUUUGGUCUCAGUUUUGGUGGAGCCACAUUCUGCUGAAUACUUCAACACAUUACUUUUUUUUUUAGUAUGUAAAGGUUAAAAACAUUUUGGGCUCUUGUGCUACAGAAAAAAAGUACCC